CCUGGGCUUGCUAGACGGCGGUCGCCAGCUCAAUCGCUCAAUUAUUGCCAAUCAAAGCAGAACGUUAAUUGUCCGAUUGUCACGUCUUACGCGGGAGGCGGAGAUUUGUGCGGUGAUUUCGCUAAAAGGAUUUACUGGCUGUUUGGUUUGGACGUUAUCGGUAUUUUCUGCUAUCCACUGGCGGAAACGGAAGUGCUGUUGCUGCGUUGUUUGAACGCGAAGAAGACAAAAUCCUCAAAGUAAAUAAUUCCUUUCGCUAACCUAAUCCAUUUACCUCAAGACGGUAUUUGGAUGAUUUAGCUGGAAGCUAAACGUGCGAAAAAGGAUCACACCGCGCCAAGUUUGGAAUUUCGUUUGGUAAACGAAGCUUUGACGCUUCAGAAGGGUUGGAUGAUUCUCUAGGAAACGGAUUACGUGCUUGAAACAGUGCCUGGGCUGGGUUAUAUGAUAGUAUAACACCGGAUUCGUAGUAAUUCCAAUUUGUGACGUUCACCGCGUGUGUUGGAAAGCUUCAAAUUACGCUGAUGUGGUGAGAUUCAUCUAACGAGACUCGAAAUAUCAUCUCUUGGGAGAAAAAGUAAUUUACCAGACGAUGCCACCGCCAUUGCGGCAACGUGAGCCCACUGAGGACACCGACAUCAACGAGGUGGAUUUCCCGGAAUUUGAUAAAAGACCUGCCUUUAUCCACGUGUUGCUCUUGAACAAAACUAUUCGAUUGUUCUUUGUGCUGGGUGUGGCUGCGAUUGUCAUUCCGGCCUUCGCUUACCUCUUUUUCUUUUCCCAAGAAAUUGGUCACGCUCCCCGGCAGCUGCUAACGGGAACAUGUGGCCAUCCAACCUUGUACCACAUCCAGUGCGGCUUCCCCAACAGUACCAAGGAAGAAUGUCACAAUCUGGGCUGUUGCUAUACCAGCCUGUCAACCUGUUACCAUUCGCUUCCCUCCGAACAUCAAUACCAAUCCGUCCAAUCGGAAUGGCGCAACGGAACGCUGUUGACACCCACUCGAAACCAAACUCCGUACCACAAACCAGCCUCCCCUAAAAUUUUCAUUCACCUCAGAGUUCUCAACCAAUCAAGAAUACAACUCACCCUGGACACAACCGCAAAUCAACCCGAUACCACCUCCUCCGAUCAACCCAUCAGUACCGUGAACGCCGGUGACCUGCAGGCCAAAAUCUACAGCCCGACGUUCUUCGUCGAAGUCAGCAACGUCACGGCCGGCGAGAUUAUUUUCUCCACCGCUCGCGGGCCGCUGGUUGUGACGGAGAACUUUUUCGAGUGGACCCUCCAUCUGGGAGUGGACAGCAUGUUUGGGCUGGGCGAAGCGGUGCUGGAGCCGGGCCGUAAAUAUCUACUCUUCAACAGCCAGAACGCGUCGGCCGUCCCCGCCGUGAUGGGAUACAACCUCCAAAGCCAACAGUACAACGGCGUCGUGUUCACCACCCCCGGCCUAACCGAAAUCGAAAUCGUCCGGUCGCGCCUCAUCGUAGUUCGCAGCCAGUUCACCGGCUCGUUCCAGCUCGAGCUGCUGUCCGGCCCAAGUCCGGCAGAUCUGCACCGGCAGCUGAAAACGAUCAACCAGAACCAGUACCGACCGCCGUUUUGGGCGUACGGAGUGCACGUCUGUGAUCACGCGAGGAAUGCGAGCGUGAAAACUGUGAGGGAGGACAUUCAGCGGUUGAUCAACUCUGGGGUUAUGUUCGACUCGCACUGCAUCAACGAUGACUUGUUUUGGCUGUCGGAUCCUCCAGCGAUCGGUGGUGAGUUGGAGCAGACGAUUUUGCUGCUGAAGGGAAGUGGGAAAAGGUUUGUGGUGCCUGUCGUUAUGGUGCUGGAACCUACGGGGAGUUCGGUGGCGUAUAAGAAUGCGACGAUUGGGGAUCUUUUGCUGCGAAGUUCUUCCAAGCUUGGAUCGUAUCGUGGGGUGGUUCGUAAUAGAACAGUUACGUACGUUGAUUGGAGAUCGGAACGGUUGGAAUUAGGAGGUUGGAUGCACGAUGCGUGGAGCUAUAUUGCAAACUUGAACGCCGAUGGAUACAGUUUGAAGGAAACGGCAUUGCGGGAUGAUGGGAAUAAAACGUAUCCUACUCGAGAUGAACUGACUUAUCUACCAGAUGUAUUGAACUCAUCACUGGAAGAAGUAGUAAAUUGGGAUGUUCGAUAUCCUGGUAACAGAGAAAUGAUCAUCAAAAGUCAAAACCGACUUGGUCCUGAGGCUGUACAGGCCGUACAACGUGUGAUCCGAGAAGAUCAACUUUUGAUCACUGGAACAUACAACAUGCAAACAAAGGCAGCUAUAAUAGCGCAAAACGUUUCAGCUUCAUGGAUAUCACUGAGAAAUGAAGUCAACCGAGCUAUCGGGCUUUCUGUGGCAGGAAUAAGCUUCAUCGGAACACCAAUCUGCGGUAACGCAAGGGACAACGUAACGGAAGAGCUCUGCAUUCGAUGGUAUCAGUUUGGGUCGCUGCUGCCACUGUUCAAAGUCUCGUCGGAUCGAACCGCGAAUCGAUUCAGCAAAUUUGCCGAACGAAUCAUGCACGCCACAAUACGAAAUCGAUUCGCUCUGAUUGAGUACUUCAACUCCCUGAUCGUGACUGAUUCGGCGUACCUUCGGCCAAUGUUCUAUCACUACGAGGAAGCCCGGAACUACACGGCCGAACUUUGGGAGCAGUUUAUGAUCGGUGAUUCCUUGCUGGUGGUCCCAGUUUUAUUGCCCCAAAUGACCCAAAUUGACAUCUAUUUCCCGGAGAAGUUCUACGAACUAUGGGCCGGCGAAGAACUGCCCCAAACUAAGGAUCGUCCCCUAAGCUACACCGUAGUGGAGUCAGAUUUACCAAUUUUCAUUAGACCGGGUCGCAUCGUAGCCCUGAGGGAAGUCCUAGCUGAGCUUAUAUCUGUGGAUGAUGUGCGACUGCAACCGAUGCACUUGAUUGGAGCUCUUUCGUGCCCUCGAGCGACAAGCUGCACCUCAACUGGCAGUCUAGUCUUUGUGGAAGGAUUCGAAGUGAGAUUCCACGCAAAUCUCAACGAGACAUCAAUUCUCGUUGAGUACGAGCUCAACUCCUCAAAUAACAAUUCUGCGGUGGAGCUUUUAUGUAGUGGAAAUUUUUCUGGACAAAUAAACUCCCUCCAGCUGUACGGACGUCCUACGAGCAGUGAACCGCUGGUCCGCGAGUUGCAAUUCGAUUUAUGUGAACCCACCACAACGGAAACAGCGACUUUAUUUACCUUGCUGGAUGAUAAAAUUCCUGACUGAAAUAAAAUUAUCCUGUAACGGUAA